AUGGCUAUUGCCCGCGAUCCAGGGUCUGGAAGAGAUCAGACCUUAUCUGUUAACCAGAUUGAGGCAUUGAUUGCCAAUGGUCAGUCAAUCGUCAUCAUAGAUCAGAAGGUGCUUCGAGUCGACGCGUGGAUGCCGUACCACCCGGGAGGCUACAAGCCGAUUCAGCAUUUCAUCGGCAAGGAUGCGACGGAUGAGUUUGUCGUAAUGCAUGCGGCGGAAACCCGCCAACUGAUCGACCGCUACCAGAUUGGACGCAUUGAAGGCCCGUGGCGGAACCUGGUGCCUCCCAUCCAGCGAGGCCAUAAGCAAGCAGACAAGGAGCAGACCCGUCAAGGCAAUGUCGAUUGCUCAGACAAAUCAAACAAGCAUUCUGCUUAUUCGGAAGGUCUUCCUGAGUUCUCCCCGGAGCGCAACACCCCCGAAGAGCUAGCCUUCCUGAACGCCCAAACCAAGGAAGAAAUCCGCCUAACGCUAGACCGAUACCCGGCGCUGGACGCCCGCACGCAGUCGGACAUCAUCGCGAAGUACCGUCUCCUGCACGAGCAGAUCCAGUCCGAAGGACUCUACAACUGCAACUACGCAGCCUACCUAUGGGAAUUCGGCCGCUGCAGCCUCCUCUUCGCGAUGAUGCUCAUCUUGCUCCGACUAGGAUGGUACUGCACGAGCGCGAUCUUCCUGGGCUGGUUCUGGUCGCAGAUGGUGUUCGCCGCGCACGACGCAGCACACAUGGCGAUCACGCACGACUUCGUAAUCGACAACCUCAUCGGGAUGAUCAUCGCAGCGCCCAUCGGCGGGCUAUCACUGGGGUGGUGGAAGCGCACGCACAACGUACACCACCUGGUAACAAACUCACCAGAGCACGACCCAGACAACCAGCACCUGCCGUUCCUAGCGGUCAACCACCGGUUCCUGGGGAGUCUAUUCUCAACCUACCACGAGCGCCUGAUGCCGUACACGGCUGCCGCGCGGCGCCUCGUCCCCUACCAGGCCUACCUGUACUACGUGAUCCUGAUGUUCGGCCGCUUCAACCUGUACGUGCAGUCGUGGCUGUUCCUGGCCUACGGUCAAGGCCCGCGCAAGGGUCCCGCGUGGUGGCACCGCUACUUCGAGAUUGCAGGGAAUCUCGUCUUCUGGGCUUGGUUCGGCUACGGUAUCGUCUACCGCGCGCUGCCCACGGCGGGCGUCCGCGUGCUGUAUGUUCUCAUCAGCCACGCAGUCACCAUGCCGCUGCAUGUCCAAUUCACGCUCUCGCAUUUCGCCAUGUCGACCGCUGACUUGGGCCCCGCUGAGUCCUUCCCGCAGAAGAUGCUCCGCACGACGAUGGAUGUUGACUGUCCCGAGUGGUUGGAUUGGGUGCAUGGUGGCUUGCAGUUCCAGGCUAUUCAUCAUCUGUUUCCCCGGGUACCGAGGCACAAUCUGCGGCGGGUGCAGAAGUUGGUGCUGCAGUUUUGUCGCGAGGUGGGGAUUCCCUACGCGCUGUAUGGGUUUGUGGGCGGGAAUCGGAAGGUCGUCGGGAGCUUGGCGGAGGUGGCCAGGCAGGCGGCCAUUUUGGCGGAAUGUCGGAGGGUGGUGGCUGGCAAGGUUGGGGGAGGGCAGGGCCAUUGA